UGGGAAGAACUGGAUUUUGACCCUAGUCUAGCAGCUCUGCUGCUCACUUAAACACAGAUGAAUGAAGACCCCAUUUGGAAAAUCACCAGGUCAGCGGUCCAGAGCUGAUGCAGGUCAUGCGGGAGUCUCUGCAAGCAUGAUGAAGAAAAGAACUUCCCACAAAAAGCAUAGAAACAAUGUUGGACCAAGCAAACCUAUUUCUCAGCCACGAAGAAACAUUGUAGGCUGCAGAAUACAGCAUGGCUGGAGAGAAGGGAGCGGACCUGUAACACAAUGGAAAGGCACAGUUCUUGAUCAAGUUCCUGUAAAUCCCUCCCUCUAUCUUAUAAAGUAUGAUGGAUUUGAUUGUGUGUAUGGACUAGAACUUCACAAAGAUGAAAGAGUUUCAGCACUUGAAGUCCUUCCAGACAGAGUUGCUUCAUCUCGAAUUAGUGAUGCCCAUCUGGCAGACACAAUGAUUGGCAAAGCUGUGGAACAUAUGUUUGAGACAGAGGAUGGCUCAAAAGAUGAAUGGAGGGGGAUGGUCUUGGCUCGAGCUCCUAUUAUGAACACAUGGUUUUAUAUUACCUACGAGAAAGAUCCUGUGUUGUAUAUGUACCAACUCUUAGAUGACUAUAAAGAAGGUGACCUUCGCAUUAUGCCCGAUUCCAAUGAUUCGCCUCCUGCAGAACGAGAACCAGGUGAAGUUGUAGACAGCCUGGUAGGCAAACAAGUGGAAUAUGCCAAAGAAGAUGGCUCAAAACGGACUGGCAUGGUCAUUCAUCAAGUUGAAGCCAAACCAUCUGUCUAUUUCAUCAAGUUUGAUGAUGAUUUCCAUAUUUAUGUCUAUGAUUUGGUGAAGACAUCCUAGACGUCAUCAUGAACUUCUGCCAAAUUUGUGGAACUAUUAAAUGUAAAAUUUGUA